AUGGCCUCAACCAAAUUGAUCCAGUUCAAUAUCCUAGAAACAUGUGCCACGGGUGGAAAUCAUUUCAUUGGGCAGUGGAAGAAUGGUCCUCAGGACGGCUGUCGGCGAAAGGACAGACUGGAUUACUACAUGAGCCUUGCGAAGCUGGCAGAGAAGGGCAAAUUUACUUCCAUUUUCUUUGCCGAUUCCUAUGGCGCCAACGAUGUCUAUGGUGGUAGUACUGACGCCACAUACCGUGGUGGAAGUCAGGUCGCCCAGCUUGAUCCAUUCGUCAUAGUGGGUGCUAUGGCUGCCGUCACCGAAAGCCUAGGUUUUGCGCUUACUGCGAAUGCCAUCUACUUGAAUCCUUUCAUCCUGGCACGCAGCUUCUCGUCUUUGGACCACAUCACCAAUGGAAGAAUCGGAUGGAACAUCGUGACGGGAUACACAAAUUCAUCAGCCCUGGCGAUGGGAUUCGAUGGUAUCAUGCCCCAUGAUCAGAGAUACGCGAAGGCAGAAGAGUUUGUAAAUUUGACAUAUAGGCUCUGGGAGGGAGGAUGGGACGAUGAUGCUCAGGUGUUUGACGUCGAACGGGAUACUGCAUAUGAUCCUGAGCGUCUGUACAAGACGGAAUUCAGUGGCAAGUUCCACAAGCUCUCAGCGAUACACCAGGUGCAUCCUUCCCCUCAACGCACACCUGUCAUCUUCCAAGCCGGUGCGUCCUCGGCGGGUAUUGCUCUAGCCGGUGCGUCCUCGGCGGGUAUUGCUCUAGCCGGAGGCAACGCGGAAGGGCUGUAUUGUGGAAGCAUAUCAUCUGCUCGGACUGCUCAGUACGUCAAGACGGUCCGCGAGGCGGCCAAGGCCGCCGGUCGAGAUCCCAGUAAUGUCAAGGCCUUUGCCGGUGUUGCUACAUUUCUUGGCCGCACAGUUGAAGAGGCCCAGGCAAAGUAUCAACGAACACUUCAGAAUGUCAGUGCUACAGCCGGACUCGCUCGAUUCUGUGCGUACACGGGGAUAGAUCUAAGCAGCUAUCCGUUGGACAAGCCUUUUAGUUUUGACGCCGGCGCCACGAAUGCGGUUCAGGGUGUGAUUGAGAGCUUCAAGGCAGGGAACGAAAACAAUGAUGCAUGGACUCCGAGAAAGUUGGGCGAGCGGAUGUCUUGCGGCGGCAUGUACCCCCACGUCGUGGGCACUCCGGAAAUGGUCGCCGACUUCAUGGAGAAGUGGAUGGAAGAGACUGACGUGGAUGGAUUUAACCUCUACGCCUCGUCUUCCCCAGACACAAUGCAGGAUGUUGUCGAGCUUCUGGUGCCUGUCCUUCAAGCCCGUGGCAGGUACUGGAAGGACUACGCAGUGCCGGGUGGGACUCUUCGCGAAAACAUGUAUAUACAGCCAGGACAUCGCCGGGUCAGGGAUGACCAUCCCGCGGCCAAUUAUAGGCGUGAGAGGGAAGCAGAGAGGAAGGCGAGAGAUCUCAAGGCUGCCCGUAUUUCUUGA